UCGUUAUAGUUGGCACACAAUAACAUAUUACGAUGAGAUGCCCUGUUUUUCCCACCACUAGUUUCCUGUCUAGUUUCUUGGUCUCUCUCCAUUCAUAGAGAUGGGGAGGGGCUAGUCUUGGAUCUUAGAUAACUGCCCCAAGAUUCACCAAUAAAAGACUUUAACUCUACUGCUUAUGAAAUAUCUACUAUGUUAUGUUUAUCUACUUAUGUACAAAACAGGAUUCAUAUAACCAUCUCUACUUUAUGUUCUAUAGGCAGAAUAAGACAAAGGGCAGUGUAGUCUUCAGUGGCUGUUCUCUUUCUGUCAUCUCUGGGCAAAUCUGAUCCAGAGUUCAGGUGUGUUUAACAGGUGUAUAUCCUUAUCCGUAAGGCAGGAUGCAGACCAUUCAGACUAUAGAGACGCAGCUUCCUAUGCUGCGGGAGAGCAUCCACUCAUCCCCGUUCAGAGAGCGAGACAGAGAGAGGAGGAAAAGCAGCCUCACGAACCUCAUUAGAAAACAGCAGCAGCAGCAACAACAUCAGCAAUUACAACGAGAGUCCCAUCAGAAGCGACUGGAGGGCCAUGCCUCACCUGGUGGAGCUGAGCAUCCUCGAUUGGCUCGCUCAUCCAGCAGCCCGGCCUGCGAGCCGGCGGAAGUGGCAGCUGGCCGAUGGAAGGAGGCGGCGAGGGACAGAGAGCGAGAGAGUACAAGAGAUAGCAGGAGAGAGGGAGAGGCGUGUCUAGGCCUGUCUUCCGCCCUGGCAUCACAGCUUGCAUCAUCGCAACAGCUGUGCCCGAGUGUAGAACGAGAGAGAGGGAGGGGGGGAUUAGAGGGGGAGGGAGGGUGGGAUGAGGGAGAGAGGGAGCAGCAGCGAAGGCGGCAGCAGCAUCAGAGCGAGAGCAAGCAAGAGCAAGAGCGCUCUCAGCAUGGCUUGAUUGCAAAGGGAGUUCGCCUGCUAAGGAACAUGGGUAACCAGGAGGCCAAACAGAAAAGGGCAGAGACCUCCAAAGAAGGAGUUGUCAUUGACGAUGGAGAUGCAGAAGGCUCAAAAAAGUCAAGCAAGUCAAAGUCCCAGAGCAAAUCUGGGAAGUGGUCCAGCGACUCCAGCUCCAAAAAGAAGCUCAAGACAGAAAGCUCCAAGAGUUCGGUCUUCUCCAGCAUCCGCAUCCGGAAGGGUCUUUCACGCAAAACAGCAUCAAGAGAAGAUGUGCUGGACGAGGAAACAGGGAUUAGAACUAGUACUGAUUGCCUUCAGUCUGGUGAAGAGUUGGAGGGACUUACACCCGAUGAUGAUCCAGAAAGAGUCAUGCCGAUGGAGGCAAGCAAGGGGUCAAUUGAGGAUACUGUGGAAGAAGAAGAUGGGUCAGGAUCCGAUACAGACCUUUACAGUUUCCAUUCAGCAGCUGAGGCUCAAGACCUGCUAGCAGAUAUCCAAAGGACUAUCAGCUUGCAGCAAGGGAAUGAGCAAAGAGUGGAGGAGCAAAGGUUGAGAUCUGUGGAUCUCAGAGAUCUUGGAGAAGGUCUAAUCAAACCAGAGCAUCAAGUUCAGAUCAGCCAGGAUGAAGCUGGAAUUGAAGCUGGUGGUGGACAAGGCAACAGUGUUGAGCCUUAUAAAAAACAAACUUCUUGUGCUCCAGAUACAGAUACUAAACAAAUGUCUCCCUCAAAUUCUGGGGAUUUUGCGAUUAAAGAAACUGAAACUAAAAAUGUACCUGCAUCUCUGAAAAGUCUUCAGAGCAAUGGUGUCACCAAGACUAUGAGCAACUACAGCAUCCAAGACACCGUGACCACCAGCACAUCCUACGAAAGUGCAGAGGAACGUCUGGAGGAGAUUUCCUCCCUUUCCUCUCCAGUGGAGGAACGCCUUUACAGCAUUAGAAGCUUGACCCAGAGUCUGGAAGUCGGCCUAGGCUCAGCCGAGCAGCUUGCAGACCUUAGGCCUAAGCUCAAUCGGGUGAUUUUUGUUCCACAAAAAAGCGUAAGUAGCAUGGAUCUGAACAUGGAGUGCAGUGAAGGAGAUAACAUCAGCUUGGAGGAGGAAGGACCUGGGUCAUCACUGACCCAGUGGUUGUCUGAGAGUCUGUUGGGUCCGGGGGCACGACCUCGCAGGACCUCUAGCUGUAAUACUGGGGUUAAACCUUACCCCACUGUUCAGCCUUCCUAUGUGAAAACAACCACAAGGCAACUUUCCUCUCCGCCACAUUCUCCUGGCACGAGCCCCAGGUGCCUCCGCCGUGCCAGCCAAGAGCUAGGCCAGGGGUCAGCUCAGAGAUCCUUCAGAGGUGAGAAGUGGAGGACCCAGAGACAGCGUUCCUGCAGCAUCGCAGGCCCAGCAGGGUUCCAUGACACCUGGGACGGGCCUGGCGGUGGACGGUCUGAACUUGCGGAAAGAGGUUUCCUGACCCUCGGACCCUUCCAGACCUCCUCCUCUGCAACUGGCAGAGCCUCGUUUCAGGAUGUGUUUUCAGGUCGCACUCUGUUAGAGCGGUGCUGUAAGCAUUUCUCUGUUGGUGAGGGUGAUGAAGAUGGUGAUGAAUCAGAAAGAUUUUGCUCUCGGAUUCUGGAUCUAGGGAUUCUGCAGCCCUUCAGUGACUGCUUCAGAGAACCGUCCACAGGAAGUGAUGCAGUCUGCAAAGCUACGUUUAAUAAGGAGCAGUUGUACACAUGGGCUCCACUGGGUCAACCUGAUGCCAGAACCCCGGGAAAGUUACAAACCCUGUGGCCUCCAACUUCCAGUACAACCCAGAAUGAAGCCUCUUUGGGACCCGGAGUCGGUUCAGAUGGGAAUUCCGUAUCAGUUGAGCACCUGGAGUUAACUAUCAGCGAGUUACGAGAGAAGAUACGGCAGCUGGAGAAAGAGAAUGGACCUGCGAGUAUACUGGAGGAGAGAGUGAUGGGAAAGCCGGAGAACGAGCUGAGCCUGAGUCUUGGACAUGCGCUCUGUAAAGCCAAUGGACAGAAGUCUGUUUCUGAAGCCAAAUCUGUCCAAACAUCUCCUGUCAAGGAGGCCUUAAAUUUCUCAGUGCCUUUUCCCAGCCAGCCUCGGACUACCGCUGAUGGUGCCACUUCACCAAUAGCACAAGCCUAUACCUGCACCUGCCAAAGACCUCUGCCACUUCCUGCUCCCCCGCCUCCUCCCCCUGUGCUGUCAGGUCCAGGUGUGUCCUCAGCCCCACCCCCUCCACCUCCUCCACCUCCACCACCACCAGGCCUGAUUGGUCCAGCCAUAUCCUCAGGGCCACCGCCUCCUCCACCACCUCCACCUUUGGCGCCUGGUGUGUCAGUACCACCACCACCACCGCCACCACCUUUACCUGGGCAAAGUCUAUGCCCUCCUCCCCCACCUCCACCACUUCCUCCAGGCUGUGGACUCCCACCUCCACCACCUCCACCACUUCCUCCAGGCUGUGGACUCCCACCUCCACCACCUCCACCACUUCCUCCAGGCUGUGGACCCCCACCUCCUCCUCCGCCUCCAGGUUUCGCAUCCCUACCUCCACCCCCAGAUCUCGGAGGCCCCCCUGCACCCCCUGCCGGGUUGAUGGGGUCGCUGGGCAUGGCUCAGGAAGCUGCCGCUUUAAAGGCGGUCAUAGAACCUCCUCGACCCAUGAAGCCUCUAUACUGGACCAGGAUACAGCUGCAUGCCAAAAAAGAGCCAAACACUCAGCUGGUGUGGGAGAAGGUGGAGGAGCCGCAUGUAGAUUUUGAGGAGUUUGUGGAGCUGUUUGCCAAAAGUGCAGUAAAAGAGAAGAAGAAGCCCAUCUCAGACACCAUCACCAAGUCGAAGGCCAAACAGGUGGUGAAGCUGUUGAGUAAUAAGCGCUCUCAGGCGGUGGGGAUUUUAAUGUCCAGUCUGCAUUUGGAUAUGAAAGACAUUCAGCAUGCUGUGUUGAACCUGGAUCAUGCUGUGGUGGAUCUGGAGACGCUUCAGGCUCUGUUUGAAAACCGAGCCCAGAAGGAGGAGAUGGACCAGAUCGAGAGGCACGUCAAGUCUAGCGCCAAGAAAGAGAACGCCAAACCUCUGGACAAACCAGAACAGUUCUUGCUGCAGCUGGCUGGGGUUCCUCAGUUUUCUGGCCGUGUUUUCUGCAUCCUGUUCCAGUCCACCUUUACAGAGUGUAUAUCCAAUGUCCAGCGCAAAGUCCAGAUGCUGCAGAGGGUCUGCACGUCUCUGCAGUCAGGUAAAGGGGUUCUGCAGGUUCUUGGGCUGAUUCUGGCGUUUGGGAACUAUAUGAACGGAGGGAACAGAAGCAGAGGGCAGGCAGACGGCUUUACUCUGGAUAUCCUGCCCAAACUAAAAGAUGUCAAAAGCAGUGAUAACUCUCAGAGUCUGCUGUCUUACAUCGUUUCUUACUAUUUGCGACACUUUGAUGAGGAUGCGGGUAGAGAGACGUGUGUGUAUCCUCUCCCGGAGCCUCAGGACCUUUUCCAGGCCUCCCAAAUGAAGUUUGAUGACUUUCAACGAGAUCUACGCAAACUACGCAAAGACCUAAAUGCCUGCUCAUCUGAGACGGAGAAGGUGUGUGCCGUGUCCUCAGAGGAACACCUGCAGCCAUUUAAGGACAAAAUGGAGCAGUUCCUUACUCAGGCCAGGACUGAACUGGAGGAGCAGGAGAAACAGCUGGCUGACACACAGAAAUGCUUCGUGGAACUGACGCUGUUUUUCUCAGUCAAGCCCAAGGCAGGAGAGAAGGAGGUCUCUCCAAACACGCUGUUCUCCGUGUGGCACGAGUUCUCCAGCGACUUUAAAGAGCUGUGGAAGAGAGAGAACAAACUUCUACUGAAGGAACGAUUGAAAGCAGCAGAGGAAACCAUCAAACAGGCGAGAGAAAAAUCAGCCUACAGCGUCAAACCCAAGCAUGCCUCUGGAAUGAAAGCCAAACUGGGCCAGAAGAUGUGAGGCUCUACAGGCCUGCGCUUCAGGACUCGGGUUCCUGCACAGCACAACUCCACUACAGUAGAAACACACUUUACACCUCAAUUCUGUUCCUCUCAGAACUUACUGUACUAUCACAUUAACCUGACCUGAAAUAGCUGCUGAAAUAACUGUUCCUACUGCAGUACUUAUAUUUAUUUAUCACAAAAAGACAAUCAAGCAGAAUAUAAGCCAUAUAGCUAUAAAACAUAUCCUCAGACUCUCAUUACCCACUGUUUCAGCUUAUCACCAACAAAUCAGCCGCUUCCUGAAUUUGAACAGAUUAGGAUACACACAGCUGUAACAGAUAUUAAGGUUUGAUGAAGACAACAAUAUCUUAAAGAAAAAAACAAACAAUAUUAUUAUGGAUUGGAAUAUAAUACAUAUCAAAACCUGUAGUACUCCUAAAUGAGAGGACAAGAACCUGGCAAUACAAUAUUGUUGCUCUGUUUGGCUUGUAAGCGCUGCAUCGCUGCUAGGUUACUUGUAAUACACGGAGAGCUUCGGUUACAGUGCAUUACCGGCUGAUAACGGCACUAGUAGAAUGCCUCUCAGCCAAUCACAUUGCAGGGUUGGAACUAACUGUGGUAUAAUAUAGAAUAAAACAUUUACAUUUGUCCUCACUGCAAUUUCAGUGUUAGAAGUGUUGAAAGAAAUAUCUAAACAAGCCUGAUGUUCUUCACAACAGCACUGAUUGACUGCCCUUUGCAUUGUGUGAACAUUUCAUGAUAACUAGUUUUUGUUAACAGUGAUGUUUCAUUUUUAGACUUUUCUUUACCAAGCAUGGGUUAUAUUUGACUAUUUGACCUACCAGCCAGUGUGUUCUCAUACCAGUUUUCUUUAUUUGUUAACAUCUGUAACAAACAGAAAAUCUUAAAUAACUUAGAAUUCAGGUAUCAACCUGCAUAAAUCCUGAAUAUCGGUAAACCUUGAGUGUAUAUUAAUAAGCAGGACCUCCUCGUACUGUAGUGCCAUCCAGAGUCUUCGUAUAAGGACAUCAUAUGUAAUCACUCCUUAUGUAAUACUUACUACUUCUUAUUUUGUGUCUCUUUUUACCCAGCUUCGUAUUAAGGCGAGUCUUUGAUUCAUUUUAAUAGCGAGCAUCUGCAGACGAUUACGCCCAACCAUAAAAGGCUGGCAGACGUUUUGUUUGACUUUGGUCUGUGAUUCCUCAUGAGACUGUAUAAUUGUAUUUUUUAAAUUAAACUAUAUUUAUUUUUUAAAUAAACGAUUCUAGGUUAUGAAAUAA